AUGACGACCGCUCAAGACUCUUUCACGGGCGUCCUCGACGACCGCAACUCGGGACUCGCCAUCCAAUUCGGAGGUCAAGGCAACGACUACAUGGACGAACUCAGUCGAGCCGUGCACUCGUCAGCGUCGGCGCGACAGUUUGUUCAGCUGGCUCAGUCCAUUUUGGAGGCAGAAGCCAACGGAACCCCCUACUCCUGUCUCCAUCCGUUCUUGUGGUCGCAAGAUCCUACGUCUCGUCCGUCCAGGUCGACCUUGAUGGCGGCGCCGGUGAGUUAUCCGUUGGUGUUUUUGACUCAAGUAGCCACGUACUUGGCGUUUGUCGAAGCCAGCGGGUGGUCACACGAGGCGUUCCUUCGUCGGCUACGAGGGGCCACAGGCCACAGCCAGGGCGUGGUCGCAGCGGUCCUCUUGGCGUCAGCCACCACGUCCACCGAGCUGAUUACGCUCGGCCUUCAAUACCUCCGGCUUAUGUUUUGGCACGGCGUUCGUGCCCAAACAGUGUUUGACUCGUUCGGAAGUUCUGGCAACAAACCCGCCGCCGCGACGCCCAUGCUACAGGUGCGAGGGUUGCCAGAAUCCACUGUCCGAUCCUCUGUUGAUGCCUUCAAUACUCGACUCGGUGGAGAUUUGGUGCAAGUGUCGCUCGUGAACGAUCCUGUGGCUGUCGUGGUGACUGGCUUGUCGCAGUCGUUGGGCGUUUUCCACGCCACAUUGGACGGUCAGCAACAUGUCGAUCCGAUUCGACUGGAUUUCUUGUCCGUGUCUUGUGCUUUUCACAGUUCAUUGCUGGCCCAAGCUCAAAGUCUGGUGGAAGCCGAUGCUGCUCGUCUCCAUCUGGCUGUGCGCGGUAACGCGUUGAACUGUCCAGUGAUUGGCACCACAGCCAAAGCCAUCAAUCUUCAGUCGUAUGGCGAAUCCAAUGUGAUUCCACUCUUGAUUCAAAUGCAACUGACCGACGCAGUGAAUUGGCCCGUGGUGACAUCCGCCUUGCAAUCCAUUCCCGGGGUCACACACGUGCUGGACUUUGGGCCUGGCCGGGGCACCCCGUUGCUCCUUCAUCGCGACAUUCAAGGGCUUCGUGUCCAUUCCAUCUUGCAUCAACCGACGGAACAAGCAACGCGAAUGUCCGACAUGGAGACUCAAGUCGCCAUGACUUGGUCAACCAUUCUGGACACGGACGUGGCGUUGAUUCAUGCCAAGUCGUCGUUCUUUGAUCUUGGCGGCGACUCGCUUUCGGCGAUUCAAGCGGUGGCCGAAUGCAAUGAGCUGGGGUUGCAUCUUACGGUGGCUCAAUUUUUACGAGAUCCCAUCCUUGGCCGCGUUGCCAGAGCUAGAAACGACAAGCCCGAGCGGAAGAAGUGGCCAUCUGCUGCCAUAUUGUCCUGCAACACGAUUUACAAGUGCGCAAGGGGGCUGGACGAUGUCAUCGUGUACCCCGUGACGCCCAUGCAAGGCGGCAUGUUGGCUGCGACGUCUGUCCACCCGAGUGCAAAUGUCCUGCAAGUGACGCUGAAACUGUCGGCGCCUACGACCCAAUCAUCGUUCGAGAGUGCCUUUCGAAUGGUGGUGGCCCAGAACGCGAUUCUUCAAACCACGUUCUCUUCGACUGAACAUGGCAUGUUCCAAGUCCAUCCUACGACUCCCCGACCUGGUGGCGCUAGCAUCGUGGCUUCGCCUUCCAAUAUCUCCUUGGGCGAGUACCUCCAAGCCGACCUAGCGCGGGGAUUUCAACUGGACGACUCGACUUUCAUUCGGCUCGCCAUGCUUUGUCCGCCCACUUCGACUGAUGUUUAUGGGGUGAUCACCAUCCACCACGCUUUGAUCGAUGGCUGGUCCAUGGACUCGUUUCUGUCGGAUUUGCUGAACGUGAUGGACCGACAAUCCGUCGCCCGUCGUCCUUCGUUCCGCACUGUCGUCGACUACAUCGAAGCUCAAGACAACCAAGCGUCGGCAGCAUUUUGGCGUGCUUAUCUUGGUGGUUUCACUCCCCAUGGCCUCGAGUUUGUUGCCCCCACAUCCACCAUCACCGAGGCUAGGUAUCCCCUAGUAUUGACGAAUUCAGUAACGUCGACGCAAUUGGCUCACGCAACCUCUCGUGCCGGGGUGAGCAUCGCGGAAUUGACCACGUUUGCCUGGGCUGCCACGCUGCGCAAGUUCACGCGGCAGUGCGACGUAGUGUUUGGCCAAGUUCUCGCAAAUCGGCAAAUUCCAGUCCACGAUGCCCAACGGAUUCUUGGGCCGUUGCUGAGCACGGUGCCUUGCCGCGUCCAUUUCAACGACAAGACGCAUUUGGAAGCGGCAUUACAAGCCGUUCAAACCACGCGUCCGUCCAUCGCUGGAUAUUCCCAUGUCGGUCUGAGCGACAUUGCGAAAGCGUGUGGCGAGUUUGCACCACAUCAACUCUUCGACACGUUGUUUGGGUUCCAGCAGUGGCCUCGACGAAGGACGUUGGCUGGAGUGGAAGUCAUCGAGUCUUGGAAGACAGCAUGGGGCGCGACGUCCCAGAACUUUUUGUUUGAGUUGCUGGUGGAGCCCACCAACGUGGUUGACAUGCCGUUGACCACGUCGGCGCAUUUCCUGCCUACGAAAAUGUCACGGAAUCAAGCAAAGUCGUUGCUGGACGAAUUCGACUAUACGCUAUUCCAGCUUUGCGACAUCCUCGGACCAGACGCGGAGCCACCUGCGACUGCCGCGGACUUGUGGUCGUUGAGUUUUGCCCAGAUGAACUUGAUCACGGCUGCAUCGUGUGGACCUGAAGUCCCUCUGUCGUUCGAGCUGCUCCAUCAUGGAUUCGAAUAUCAUGCCAGGCAGUCACCAGACCUUCGAGCUGUGGAGUUUGACGGACACUGGUUAUCGUACGGUGAAUUGAAUGCCCAAGCUAACGCCGUGGCGAGGCAGUUGCAAACGUUGGGUGUGACGGUGGGAUCUCGCGUGGCUGUGGUCAUGGACCGUUGUUUGGAGUUUCCCAUCGCUCUACUGGCGACGCACAAGACGGGGGCCUCCACGAUUCCAAUGGAUGCCUCCUUUCCUGCCACUCGUCUGGCGUUCAUGCUGUCGGAUGCAGGUGCCCACGCCAUCCUUUCCACCAAUAGACAUUGCGACAUGGCAAAGACUUUGGACGCAUCCAUCGACGUCGUUUCCAUUGAAUCGGCUACGUUAGCCAAACAUGCACAUCCAUUUACUCCUCUGCAAACGGCUACCAGACACGACGAAGCGUAUGUCGUGUAUACAUCUGGCUCCACCGGCCACCCCAAAGGUGUACCUGUAAAACACGUUGGAAUUGUGAAUUCAGCGACAUACCGCUCGUCCGACCUUGGCAUCGUCCGAGGAGCUCGCGUGAUGCAGUUUAUGGCCAUCGGGUUUGAUGUGUGCCAAUGGGAAAUUUGGAGCACUCUGUCGCAAGGUGCCACGCUGGUACUUCGAGGUGGCGACGAGAUCGACAUGCUUUCGACAGUAAACGUUAUAGCCAUUACUCCCACCGGCCUUUCCAAGCUUGGCUGUCCGACAAAGUACCCGAAUCUGAAAACGGUUUGUGUCGGUGGUGAAGCCAUUCCAACUUCGGUGAAAGACCUCUGGAGCCAGCAUGUUCAACUCUUCAACUGCUAUGGCCCAACCGAAGGCUCUUGUACCACGCACGUACAUCAGUUGUUGCCUGGCAAACCAGUAACUAUCGGUACACCAAUUUCAAACGUCCACUGCUACAUCCUCGACGACAACCAUCAAAACGUACCGAUCGGAACUCUGGGUGAAAUGUACUUGGGUGGUAUCUGUGUGGCAUCUGGCUACAUCAACUUGCCGGAAAUGACGGAAGAGCGAUUCUUGGUGGACCCCUUUGGCCAUGGCCGAAUGUACAAGACAGGGGAUCUGGGUCGUCUGCUGCCCAAUGGCCAAUUCGAAAUCGCUGGCAGACAAGACAGUCAGGUCAAGUUGAAGGGCUACCGCAUCGAGUUGGACGAAGUGGCCAAUGCCAUGAUGCAGCACCCAUCGAUCAAGUCGGCCGCUGCCAUUGUCAAGGACAAGACGCACCUCGUGGGGUACUUCACGCCUGCACAUGUCAACGUGGACGCGUUGAGACAGUGCGUGGCCGACCAGUUGCCAGUGUACAUGGUGCCAGCCGUGUGGGUUGGCUUGGACGACAUGCCCCAGAAUUCCAACGGAAAGAUCGACGUGAAAGUUCUGCAGUCCAUGGACGUGAGCGUCGACGUCGAAACGUUGGAGACAGACGUGGAGCUCAAAAUGGCCACAGUGUGGGCAAACGUGCUUGGCGUGAACGUGUCUGAGAUCGGUCGCCAGUCGUCCUUCUUCGCGUUGGGAGGCGACUCGUUGUCUGUUGUCCGAGUCAUCGCAGCGUGCAAAGCCAUGGGGUUGGCGUUGCUGUGUCAACGCAUCGCCAAGUGGAUUGGCCAAGUGCGAUGGCUCUAG